AUGGCCGAUAACACUGAGCGUGGCGAGUUACCCGCAGUGCAGAAUGAUACCGAACCAGAUGAUCCACCAUCAGAACCCCCUAUGAAUCAGCUCGAUGAUGACGAUCUAGUUAUCUCCUAUAUCGCAGAAGAGCCAGUUAUUGGGAUAUUUGAACCCAUCAGGAAGGAGUCACCUUUGACGAAUGAAGAGACUGAAACCGCAGUCUUCACCAUACGAAGAGGCCCCGCCAUUGGAAGAAUGACACACAGUACUCGAUCCCCAUUAUUCUGUAAUGCACAGAAUAUGGUCUUUUACAAACCGUUCGGUAAAUCACAAGAAUUGGCACAACAAGCACACAAGGAAGCAUCAGCUGUAGACAAACCCAAAACCGUCGAGGAGUUGGUCCCCAACUACCUCCACGAUUUGAAGUCCGUCUUUGAAAAGAAAGCAGCUGAACGCUUUCCAGAAACCAGGCCUUGGGACCACGCCAUUGACUUGAAACCCAAUUUUAUUCCACGCGACUGUAAAGUCUAUCCGUUAUCGCUCAAAGAACAAGGAGCGAUGGAUGACUUCCUGGAAGAAAAUCUGCGAAAAGGAUACAUCUGA